GCAACGAUGACCGACACGAAUUCUCCUAGAGAGGAAGAUGAAAACUUCUGGGCGCCUGGUACCAUACGGCUGGAGGACAGUAAGACGUUCCGCUUGUCGCCGAUAAGACGGCACACUGACAACCCACUUCCAGUGACAACACCGGCAUCAGAUGUCAUCCUCCACCCUGUGCCUAGCUCUGAUCCAGAUGAUCCGCUGAAUUGGAGUCGACUGCGAAAAGCCAUCAAUUUUGGUCUAGUCGGUUUUUUCGUGCUUUGGACCUUCGUACAGCUGCAAACAGGCUCAACAUCCUGGGGUUCUCUCAUGCGCGAACUGCACUUCUCCGUGGAUCAGCUGAACAACGGAGCUGCUAUGAGUUGUGCUGGACUUGCAGUCGGCUGUAUGAUCUUCAUGCCGUUUGUACACAAGUUUGGGCGACGGCCACUUUAUGGUGACUGGAUGGGUAGCAACUUCCUUGCUGGACUUGGGGGUGCCAUCAGUGAGGCUGUUGUCCAGAUCACCAUUGCCGAUCUGUACUUUGUGCACCAACAUGGAACCAUGAACGCGUGGUACCUCGUCUUCACAUCUGUAGGUGCAUCCCUUGGCCCGGUGGCGUCUGGCUUCAUAGUGGAGUCCCAGGGUUGGAGGUGGAUUUGGUGGUGGUGCACAAUCUUCCUGUCGUUGAACCUCGCGCUCGUGUUGCUUUUCUUCGAAGAGUCAAAGUAUGUACCCGUCCUUAACGGCCGCAGUGUACACCAUGGUCCUUCUAGCUCAAGUGGACCAGAAACCUUGCACGUCGAUUCGGAAUCGCAGAAAGUUGCAGAUGUCAAAGGGGACACCAAACACAGUAGCAUGGAGCGAGUGCAAUCUCGAAUUGACACAACCUUGCCACGGAAAACAUAUCGCCAGCGCUUGGCCCUCUUUACUUCUUCCAAUCAACCGAUCGGCCACCACUUCUACCAGCCAGUCAUAGUGUUGACCACCUUUCCAGCAGUUGGUUACGCCGCUCUCACGUAUGGCACGGUACUGGCGUGCUUGGCACUAAUGUCUUCGCUGCAGGCAGUGUACCUGCUGCAACCGCCGUACAACUUCGGGCCAUCUGGAGUAGGACUCAUGAACAUUGCUCCUUUUACUGGCUCGUUCCUAGGAUUUUUCGCCGGCGGCUAUUUGAACGACAGAUCGAUUAUGUGGUUUGCGAGACGAAAUCGAGGAGUAUACGAACCGGAAAUGCGACUAUGGCUUGCUCUUGCUUCGGCACUGCUGCUUCCAGCUGGAAUUUUAAUGUUCGGAUUGGCGUUGGUGAGAGUAUGUUGAGAGCUUGCGAUAAACAAUGCCGCAUACUAACCAACCGUCAGGGCGUGCAUUGGAUGGUGUUAGCCGUGGGAUUCGGCUUGUUCGGCUUCACCUUCGUUCUGGCCAGCGGCAUCGCUCUGGCGUAUGU